AUGCGUUUUCGUGAUCACUGUAAUUUCGGUAUGUUGGAUAGAAUAGGAGGAAAGUCCGUCCGGAGUACGUACCUAGUUUUAUUCACAGUGCUUCCGGUAUGCUACUCCUUCAACUCCGUUACCUUUUACGCCAUUAUGCCUCAUAUGAGGACACUGGAGAAAACAAUCAGAACUAAAAUGUUGACCACGAAGUACUUCCUGGAAAGGAGAAGUGUAGACCACUCAGUCCUCACGCGCAAAUUUCACAUCGAUUUCCAUUUUAAAAUGCUACCAAAUUAUUCUCCAGGUGAAAUAUUGGAUACGUUCUGUGAAAGUGUUUUCCCAAAGCACACCAAUGCUUUAUUGUAUCUUAAAUCAAAUCGGGGAAAUAUUGUGAAGUCUUCACGUGAUGUGAUUGUGGACAUCGCCAAAAGUAUAGGAUACCCUGUGAUAUCGUGGGACCCAGAAUUCCCGGGAGCAUUACAGCAAGAUGAAGACUCGAUGGUACUACAACUAGCCCCGACUAUCUACCAUCAAUGUCAGUGUAUGCUGGCUCUACUUCAGCGGUAUAACUGGACAGACUUCGCCAUCGUCACAACCACCACAGAACAGCACCUCGAAUUCGUCAACUCGGUCAACACUCUUGUAAAGCUUCAUAACUCAAAGCAAGGCAUAACCAGAGUCACCAGAAUGACAAUACUAUCGACCAUAAUUGUGGAUAUGGAUUCGAAUGACGACGACGAGAAACAAAGAGAGCUCAUGAAGAAGGAAAUAAAACGAAAAAAUACCAAAGAGAACCGAGUGUUCUUACUACAUACAGGGUCGUUACAAGCCAAAAAUCUGCUGGAUGCUGCAGAGGAGUUGGAACUAACUGGGGAAAAGUACAUUUGGAUUCUGACUUCAUUUAGUGUGGGUCAGGUGAAGAAAGGUCACCGUACUUCAUUUUCCUACCCUAUUGGGUCUAUAGGAAUAAAUUAUUACAAGGACCGUGGAGAAAACGAGGCGGAAGCUGCAGCCACGAGCCUUAUGAUUUGGGCAAAGGCCCUUAAAAAUAUAGCCGAACACCUCGACAAAUUCGAUAUGUCUCCCAAAAUGUCUUGUAACGUUACAGGAAACGACACCUGGAGGGAUGGGCGCGCGCUCUAUACACGGAUGAAGGCCGUACAUCAGCUGUAUAACGACACCGUGGUAAGGUUUAGCAGUAACGGUGUUAACGAACUGGUCAAGUUAAAACUUUUGAAUGUACAGCACCAAACGGGUUAUCAGGCGUGGAAAGAGGUCGGUCAGUGGAUUCCAUACACGACGUAUCGACGGUCAGAAAUGCGCAUCCAAAUGAAAGAAAUUGUUUGGCCUGGCGGGAAAAACAAACCGCCGAAAGGGAAACCGGAAAAACGUCACUUCAAAAUAGUGACGUUAAAAGAGGACCCGUAUGUAAUGUACCGUGAUCCAGAUAAAGUGACGGGAAAGUGUGGCCAUCAUUCUGUGCCCUGUCGUCUGGUGUACAACCCUGCCGAGCAUGAGAAUGACAGCACUUUGUUAAACAAUACCGUGUUACGAUGUUGUACUGGAUUGUGUAUAGACUUACUAAAGAUAUUAAGUGAGCGUAUGGACUUCGAUUACGAAUUAUACGAGGUUCCUGACCAAACUUGGGGAUUACCUGAUCAGAGGACAGGCCAAUGGAAUGGAUUGAUAAAACAGGUGAUGACGCAUAGAGCAGACAUGAUUAUGACGUCAUUAAAAAUAACUCCAAAGAGGAACGAAUUUAUUGAUUUUUCGGUGCCCUUUUUGGAGACUGGAAUAUCUAUAGUGGUGUCUAUUCGGAAAGGUGCCAUCUCGCCGACAGCGUUCCUAGAGCCGUAUGACUACCCGUCAUGGUGUUUGAUCCUAGUGUUCAGUGUUCACGCGACAGGAGCCUCUAUCUUUAUAUACGAGUGGCUGAGCCCGCGAGGACUUGACCAAGGACGAACAUCAUUGCGAGAGCACAGGUUUUCGCUGUUCCGGUCGUUGUGGCUGAUUUGGGCUAUGCUGUUCGGAGCCUCAGUGUCUACAGAUACACCUCGAGGAGUCUCGAGCAGAUUUUUGGCCAACGUUUGGGCAUUAUUCGCUCUGGUGUUCCUCGCUAGCUAUACAGCUAAUUUGGCAGCGUUUAUGAUCACAAAGGACGAGUAUUACAACCUCUCUGGAAUAAAGGAUGUUCGAUUGAAACAGCCCUACUCUCAUUCCCCUCCUUUCCGGUUUGCAACGGUGCCAAACGGGAGUACUGAAGAGAACCUCCGACAAAAUCACCAGCAAAUGUUUGCUUACAUGAGACAGUUCAACCAGUCCACAGUUGAUGGGGCUCUUAAGUCCUUAAAAGAUGGCAAAAUCCACGCCUUUAUCUACGAUGCCACCCCUCUAGAGUAUCACGUGGGAAAUGACAAGGACUGCGAGCUAACCACCGUUGGGGAUUGGUACGCCAUGACGGGGUACGGUGUGGGGUUCCCAAGGGGCUCCACCUGGGUAGAGGAAGUCGAUCAGAUUAUACUCAAGCUGCAAAAAUCAGGUGAAAUGGAACGACUGCGGAAAUUUUGGCUAGCAGGAGCUUGUCACCGACGGAAACAGAAACGAGGCCACUCUAGUCAUAACAUCGGCAUAUUAAACUUCACAAGCGCCUUCAUAUUUCUGGCCGGAGGAAUGCUGGUCGGCGUCGUUCUCCUGAUAGCAGAACAUUUAUAUUUCAAAUUUGGGAGAAAAUGUCUGCGAAAAUACGACAAAAAUGGAUGUUGUGCUUUAGUUAGUUUGAGUAUGGGCCAAUCUUUAACAUUUGAACAGUCAGUCAUAGAAGCUAUAGACAUGCAUAAACGACACAGGUGCAAAGAUCCACUUUGUGAAACACAGUUAUGGAAAGUUCGUCACGAAUUAGACCUAUCAAAAUUCACGAUAGAAAAAUUAAAAGACCAAUUACAGAGUUUUGGUAUAAAACCUUUAGAAGGAAAUCUUUUCCGACACAAGAAAAAACAAGCACUGGAACAAAAUCCUAAUCCGAAACCAAACGGAUAUCCAAGAUGUAAUAGAUCAGAAGGCAACGAGGAGGAACAUCGUGUGUGUACGGAAUCACAAAGCAAGGAACGCUUGCUUCAGGACAGUGAAUGUACUAGCACAAGUCCGUACAUGGACGAUCCGUCCUUGACUCGCUGGUCAAAAAGAUCGUUACGACGGUCACCUAGUUAUACAAACGCUAUAGCGAUUGAUCCACCAGGAGACAGCAGCGGUGUUAUACAAAGACAUAUAAACAAAGUCAGAUGUCAUGACGGAAAAUACUAUGUAGGUGUAAGCAAUGAUAACCCCACGGAGGGAUAUGACAUGACACAUUAUGUGGAAUAA